GUGUAGAGCCUCUACGUAUAUAGUCCUCAGGAGAGCUUUCCCAUGAUUAAAACCCAUGUAAGGAAGGCAAGACCGAGCAAUAUUGGAUCGAGAGCGAGAGUAGGAGUGGGAUACCUCUGAAAAAUACUUGGAAGAGAGAGAGAAGAGAGAGAACAGACCGACAUUUGGAAGAGAGAGAUGGCUGGAUUGCUGGCAUGGGCGGCGGAUGUAGUGGGAGGAGGCAGCGGAGAGGAAGAGAAGAGCGUGGUGCUUGCUCACUUUACGGCAGAGCAGCAGCGUUAUUUGAGUGAAUUGGAUGAGAGGGCGCGCGUUUUGAGCAGGUCGAUUGAGCAGCUGAGGCUUCGCCUUCCCCCUUCCGACAUCUCCCAGCGCCUACCUCAUCUCCAUGCCCACUCCAAAGCCUCCAACGCAGCCCUUGCCCUCCAACUCAACGCCCAUUCCGCUACUCGACAACAUGCACAACUCAGGGAGGCUUCUUUACAAGAAGAAAAUACAGCAUAUGAGAAGGCUAUAUCCGUCGGACAGAACCAAAUUCAAGAAAAGUUGCAAGAGGCAGAUGCACUGAGAAGUAAGCUAAAGGAAAUGGAAUUAAAUGAAAAGCAUUUGAUAUGUGAGAUGGAGAAGGCACAAGCUACAUGGGAUUCUCGGCAAAAUGGUGAAUCUUCAAAUGAUUCUGCAAACAUGGAUGAAAGUCCUCAGGAUGGAUCAAACCCCGUCGGAACUCUAAAAUCUGAAUUGGAGAACAAGAAGCAAGAGCUGAGGCUAAUGGAAGAGAAGGUUAGAAAUCUAGAAACUGAGUGGGCUCAACUUCAACAUAGUUCUGUGCGGCAGCCUACCCCAGCGCAACGAGAGAAGAUCUUGGAGAAGCAGCUUCAAAGCCUGACAGAGCAACUUGCAGCAAAGCAAGCGCAAGCCGAAUUGUUGGUUACUGAAAUACACAAAAAAGAAAUCGAGUUGGAAAAUUUGAUCGGAAUGAAGAAGCGGCUUGAGAUUGGGGGUGGUGAAGCACAUGGUGCAAGGAAUAGGGUGGUGAAGCCAGGGUCAUCUGUUACUAUCGAUUCUGUUUAUGGUGACCACAGCUCAGUGGACAUGAAUCAUAAAUCAGUUAGGGUUUCAGGGGACAACAUCGGCAGAUCCAUGCGCUCGGGAGGAAUGGGACCACUUAGAUUCGGAAACCAGGAGAAGCUUAUUUUGUUACGCUUUGUCUUUGUGCUGUACAUUUUAGCCCUUCAUUUCAUUGUCUUCAUUAAGAUCUCAUUCCUAUAAGCCCAAGAACUUUGUUUACAUGUAAAACCUUGACGCGGUAAUAAGACUGUUUUUCCAUUUGUGGCAUU